CAGGGCAUUAUACUUGUAUACGAUAUAACCCAGGAGAAGACAUUUGAAAACAUUUCAAACUGGCUACGGAACAUAGAAGAGGUACAGUUAAGGCUCUCAUAACCUUGGCAAUCCAUAAGACUUUUCGUUCUCGUUUCAUUUUUUUGUUUCAUUCCAUUGUAAGAAGUACAAGAAAUAUCACAAAUUUCAUUUUCCUAUUCCCAACAUACGACAGAAAUAAUAUAACUAAACUCUAAGAAUUUGAUGGAAAAAAGAAAAGAAAUUAUUUGGGGUUCCCUUAAAGAGUAUCAAAUUAAAGACACUUCCGCGGAGCAAUUUGCAAACAAUGAUCUCAGUCGAAUCUACAGGAAAAAAUACUCGUUUUUUCGCCUAAAUGGGGGAAAGUUAUCAAUAAUGCGCUCGUUUUUCUAAGCAUUUCAUCUUUUCGUACCACCUGAAUUUUGUCAAUCGACUAACAAUCCCAUGAUCAUCUUUAGUAAUUGUAAACCGGCGUUUAAAAAUGUGGGUCGGAAGACUCAUGUACUAUUUGCAUAAGGCUACAUAAAUGAGUUAAGUUAAAUCAAUAAUAAGGGCUACAAUAGGUAGAUUUUAUAACAUAGCACUUAACAAUAUUGCACAAACAUCUCAAGCUUGAUAUAGCUCACCGUCAAUGUUUGAUAGCUUGCCAUCACUGAUGAAAUCUAGGUCUUCUUCCAGUUUCAAAACACUUCUUUUACAACAGAUUUCAAUUCUUUCUUCUUUUGACGGUCUUGUCAUAUAAAUUAGAUCGUCUCAACCGAAACACGCACACUGCCAAAUAGGUCUCCAGUGUUCUUCUUGAUAACUCUCAGCUCCAGAAGUACAAAAUAUAAGACUUAAUUGGCCAAAACUGGUCUCUGUGAGAGCCAUCGUCUUUCAGGGUUGCUUCGGUCCUGUGGGCGUUCUUGACGUUUGGUUGCAUUUGAAGAUCUUUCUAUAAUAGAGUGUAACCCGGAGCUUUGCUUGCAGUACAAUUUUCGCUUGUAGAAGCUGGGACAUUAUAGAAUCUCAGCUUGCAAUCACUAUGAAUAUCUCUCUGGUGAUAACAACCUCACUAGUUUUCUUAUCUUUACUUCCAAACUGUAUAUUUCAAAAUCAUGUGAGAAAUGUCUUUAUCCACCCUCGAGUAUGGUCAAUUAUCAGAGGGUCUCAAUGGGGUGGUGGCUUUUACGGCUAUCGGCUAAAAUGUUGGCUCUUUUACGGCUAUCGGUUAAUUUUUUGCAGUUACGGUUAACAAAAAAGUUAAAAAUUAAUUUCUUUUGUUUCAAAAAGUUAAAUAUUAAUUAACCUGUAUUUUUUGUAUCUUUAAAGCAAAAUAAAGGCCUUCGGAUCAUCUCCGGAUAAAAUAAGCUAUUCUAUUGAAAAAUGUUCACAUUUGAUAGAUCAAUAUACUUUUAUAAAGUAUUCCACUUCUAAUAUUAUUUUACACAUAGAAAUGCCAAUAGGAAGCAGACACGCGAACGCCUAACUCAAGGCCGGGGCGCGACAUUCCACACUAGAGACGGGUUAUUCGUGUGAGACGGGUAAUCCGUUUGAUGAUUCGCGUCAGAUAGGUAAUACGUCUCAAUUUGAAAAUGGAAUAGUUUUAAUUUUGAAAUGAACAAUCCCCUUGACUUUUAUCCGUCAAUUUUGAAGGACGGAAGAUGGAUUAUCCGUUACAGAUAGCCUGUGUACAGCGGCAACCUCCCCGCAGAAAAAAUCGGAGAAGGGGUGUCUAACGCUGUGGAGGAGGGGGCGACUGUACACAGGCUACUCUGGAUAAUCCCUUUCUAGCUGUCGUGUGAAAACGGCCAAUAACAAAAUUCUCGUGUCCAGAGUUUUUAAUGAUAGCGAAGGACUGUAAAAAAAGAACGCCUGUCGUUGCCUUGUCCGUAGACCUCAUUAUUCCGCGCGGCUAAUGCGUUUCGGGUCACGUGGUCCGAGCGAGUUCGCCACCGAAAUGCCUUGACCGAGAUUGAGUGGGAAGACGCCGUACAUGCAGGGACUAGGCAUGGCAAUGUCUACCGUAGCGUCAGAGAAAAACAGGAAAAUGUUGUUUAUCGGCAACGUGUUUUACAAACAGCUCUGGUGUUGUUUCACUAGUGUUUCGAGGGCACGACCCUCUGAAAAUCGCAAAUAUUAAUUCCCAGCAAGAAGCCCUCUUUCGCUAUAGGAAAAAUUAGUUCCCCGAGAUAGCGGCGGAAAUGGAGCCUAGGUCUUGGUCAACACCUAAAAGGCUUUUCGCCUAACGUGCGUAUGGAGUCAAAGUAGCCGGAAAAUAAAAAACGCAACCAUAAGCGAGUUAAGCACCUUCCUUAAAGUUAACAAAUCUAGGGAACAAUUUCUUUUACGGUUAACUCUUUUUUACUCAAUUUACGGCUAACGGUUAAAAUUUUUCAAUUUUUACGGCUAUCGACUAAAUUUAUGGUCGUUUUACGCCUAUCGGUUAACCACAUUGAGACCCUCUUAUCAGAUCCUGAUAGAUGAGAAGUAGAUCCUAGAAAGCUUUAUUUUGUAAAAAGUUAAACAUGCCCCUUCGAAAAGCAUGAAGUGACACAGAGAAAGGAAGGACAGAAUCGCCAGCUCAGCGAUAAAACCCAGUUCGAAAACAGCUGCACAUUUUAUUCCCUCGCCGAACUCAAAUACCUCCGUACGUACGACAUCACAAGGUCACCCCUUAGUACCACAGGAUACCCAAGUACCACAUAGGGAGUUGCGUUGUCCUAACGUCGAACGUAAUAAAACCUGAGUGUUGCAAAUUUUAUUUAUUCUGUCAAGCACACAAUUGUUUUUAUAGGACAGAGAAAGUCUUCAGGAUCACCCUUGAAUUCUUUUUCCCCACUCUAUUUUAGCAUGCAAAUGAAGAUGUAGAAAAGAUGAUCCUUGGUAGCAAAUGUCAUAUGGAAGAUAGAAGAAUUGUCAGCAAGGAAAACGGGGAGCAGGUGAGUUGACUGAAGUGUAAGACACUUCACAGUAGGUCCACCAAAUCAGAUGCAACAAAUCUGUGGUCCCCUAAGUGGUAAUCUUGGGCUUUCUGGAGGAAAAAAGGGUAGAGUGAAACCUGGUUACAGGUAAAUACCAUCAUCAUUAUCAUAAUCAUUGUUUGCCCUUGUUGAGAACAGGACCAGCAAUCAAGUUGUUUCAACACAUUUACUUCUUCGCUGCAUUUUAUGAAUCCCAGGCACAUUCCCCUUGUUUCUUUUUCCAGUCUUGACCCCAGUUGUUCAAAAGGUGGGUAACGCAAUCCACCGGCUAAAUCUCUAACCAGCGGAUAACGCAAUUGGUUUCCCUUUACCACUUAUCCUAGGCAUUUGUCGAUUGUGCUAGUAAAAGUGGCAUAUUAUGCUAGUGGCAGUGCUCGUUUUUUGCCCAAAUUAUGCUCAAAUUAUGCUCGCUUUUCAAAAUUAUGCUACUUUUUUAAAAAAUUAUUCUGUGCACAAACUUCACAACUCACAAGACAAGUUUGAAAAUGUAUUUUAUUAACCCUGGCCAGACGUUCUGGGCCCGGUUGUUCAAAACCUGGGUAACUUUAUCCGGUGGUUGGGCCUAUACGGCGAAUAAAUCUGCUAUCCAGCGGAUAGUUAUCCAGCGAACAAAAGUAGGUUGCACAAAGCCUGGAUAGUGUGGUGGAUAACUAUCCGCGGAUUUUGAAACGAGCACUGGGAGAAAGACUAAGGAGUCUGGGACCGAGACACAGACUUCCGGUUCCGUUUCAUCGAACUCCCGCGGUAUCUCAACACAAGUAAAAAAAAAUCGAAAAAUAGGAGUGGAAGCAACUGUUAAUAGUAAUCUAUCGUUUUUAGUAGCUGAGAUCUUCGUUUUCUUGAAUUAUUCUAAAAUUGUGCUAUUAAGACAAGAAAAUAUACGGAUUAUGCUAGCAGUGCUACUUUUGGAAAAAGGGCAAAAAUUAUGCUCAAUUCCUCAGAUUAUGCCAAAAAUUAUGCUAGCACAAUCGGCAAGAGCCUAACUUAUCCACUGGAUAGCGCUAUAUCCAACUUUUAAAGCAACUGGGGCCUGGGGCCCGUUUCUCGAAAGUCCCGAUAAUUAACGGACCCGGUAAGCUGACUCCGUUUACAUUAGAGAUCGAGGUUUCAAUAGUUUUACAUCUACCAUGACAAAACUAUCAGUUAAUGAAACAAAAUGGAGUAGUUUGCUAGCCAGGACCGGCGCUCUUAUUCUUUUUAUUUUGAUUUGAAUAUUUGACUUAGGGCCCGAAAAGUUACCGGGACUUCCGAGAAACCGUGGCCCCUGGACAUUGCCAUGUCUUUGUUAACCCUUAUGGUAUUAACCUGUGGGUGCCCAUGUCAGUUGUGAUGAUGGGAUAAUAAGCGGAUGCCAUUCGUAGAAACCUAAAUAACGUACCACAAUAAAUAGUAAUAAAAAUGUGGAGAAAAGUUUUAAUAGCUGUUUUUUUCUUUGCUUCCUUUUUUGCUUUAAUUGGCUAAAGAGCACGGUGCCCAGUUCUUUGAAGUAAGUGCCGAAGAGAAUAUCAACAUCAAGGAAGCCUUAUACAACCUAGCUGAAAAAAUGCUCGAGAAGAAACUGUCCACGGACAAUGAGGAAACUUCUCAAAACAUUCGCGUCAGUGAUACCGAAGAGAAAAAAGGGAAGUGCUAUUAA